UCAAAACAAACGUGCACGGCCAAGUUUCUGAAAUUAAAUUCCAUUUAAAAAGGUUUUUUCUGAACUCAAAAUAUGAGCGACAAUGAAAGUGAGGGACCCACUAAUCAAAGCACGGAGCCUGUGGACAAUGCGUGGUCAUUGAAGAUACCCGCAUUCAAGCCCGAAGACAAUCCACAUGGUCUGGUUGAGGAGAGCUCCUUUGCCACGCUCUUUCCAAAAUACCGUGAGAAAUAUUUAAAGGAAGUUUGGCCCCUAGUGGAACAAUGUUUGGCCGAGCAUCAUCUCAAGGCCGAACUGGACCUGAUAGAGGGAAGCAUGGUGGUGAAGACGACACGCAAGACAUGGGACCCAUAUAUCAUCAUUAAAUCCCGUGACAUGAUCAAACUGAUGGCACGCAGCGUGCCCUUCGAGCAAGCGAAGCGUGUCCUGCAGGACGACACCGGGUGUGACAUCAUUAAAAUUGGUAAUUUGGUGCACAAAAAGGAAAAAUUCGUGAAACGGCGUCAGCGCCUCAUUGGCCCCAAUGGUGCCACUCUAAAGUCCAUUGAGCUGCUCACCGAUUGCUAUGUCCUGGUACAAGGCAAUACAGUCUCGGCUCUCGGUCCUUACAAGGGACUGCAACAGGUGCGUGACAUUGUACUGGACACCAUGAACAAUGUGCAUCCCAUUUAUAAUAUCAAAGCUCUGAUGAUCAAACGCGAAUUAAUGAAGGAUCCCAAGCUUGCCGGCGAGGAUUGGUCACGCUUUUUGCCCAAGUUCAAGAACAAGAACAUUAGUAAACGCAAGCAGCCCAAGAACAAGAAGCCCAAAAAGGAGUACACACCAUUCCCGCCCCAGCAGCCAGAGAGCAAGAUCGACAAGCAGCUGGCCACGGGCGAAUACUUCCUCAACAAGGAGCAGAAACAGGCUAAGAGACAACAGGAACGCACUGCAAAACAAGCAGAGGCAGCCAAGAAACAGGACGAGCGUCGCAACAAGGACUUUGUGCCACCAACCGAGGAUACGCCCGGUCCAUCUCGCAAGCGCGCUGCUGAGGAUAAUAAAGUCGAUGUGCAAGCUUUGAAAGCCAAGAUAAUUAAAGCGAAUAAAAAUAAGAGAAGUUGA